CGCGAGUAGUGUGGAGGAGGCAUUUGGAUUUACAUUCUGUGGGCUGAAGGCAGCAGGCAGCAAAGGAUUCAUGAUAUUAAAUAGAAACUAUUAGAAACCAAUAUAUUCAUCAGAGCGAGAGACAAUUUGCAGCAAAGACCAUAAAAACAAUAUCAAUAAUUAUUAUUCACAAUACAAAUGGCCACAUAAGUAAUCAGUUAAAACGGUAAUAGAUAAUCUAUGGCUAAAACAUUGAACUUUAAUACCAAGAUAAGUGUAGUGUGUAGUACCUAAAUUAUUGAUUUAUAUUAUCAGUAUAAUAAUAUUAUAAAUUUUCAUUUUCAAAACGAAACGAUAAGUAUGAGUCAUAAGAUGAAAAUGUUAAGUUCAAAUAAAGUAUUGAACAAAAUGCCACAAAUAUUUUCAAAUGCAACAAGUGCAAAAUCUUUCCAUAGUUCUAGAUUAAAGGGAAAAGUGGCUAUUGUUACAGCAUCAACUGAGGGAAUUGGGUAUGCCAUUGCGCAACGUCUUGGAAAUGAAGGUGCUUCGGUCGUUAUAAGCAGUAGAAAAGAGGCAAAUGUGAAGAAAGCAGCAGAAAAUCUACGAAAGGAUGGUAUCCAAGUAGAAGGAGUUGUUUGUCAUGUGGGAAAUGAAGAACAGAGAAAAAAAUUAUUUGAUGUGGCUAAGAGCAAAUUUGGUGGUAUUGAUAUAUUGGUAUCAAAUGCAGCUGUAAAUCCAGCUGUUUCUCCAACCUUAGAGACUGAUGAGAAAGUUUGGGACAAAAUAUUUGAAAUAAAUGUCAAAUGCUCUUGGUUAUUGGCCAAGGAGGUUUAUCCAGAAUUGAUUAAAAGAGGUGGAGGCAGUAUAGUGUUCAUAUCUUCUAUAGCUGGUUUUCAACCCAUGGAGCCAUUAGGUCCUUAUAGUGUUAGUAAAACUGCACUUUUGGGUCUAACAAAAGCAAUUGCCAAUGAGGUGGCCAGAGAAAAUAUUCGAGUAAAUUGUGUUGCACCUGGAAUUGUAGCUACCAAAUUUGCAUCUGCAAUAACGUCAACAGAUGUGGGGAAAGAGAAAUCACUUUCUAUUGUUCCAAUGAACAGAUUUGGAAAGACUCAUGAAAUUGCUGGUGCCGUGGCAUACUUAGUGUCAGAUGAUGCUGCAUAUAUGACUGGUGAAACUCUUGUGGUAGCGGGUGGAACACAUGCAAGACUUUAAUAAAUAUACAUAAAGAUGUCAUACUUGUAUAUAGAUUCUUUAUCUCUUGGUAUUGAUAAGGAAAAGUUUCAUGAUAAUAUUAUAUUCAAUGGUAUGGUAUUGAAAUAUUUAUAAAAUAUAAUCAAUUACUGUAAAAAAGCUGAAAUCUAUCUAUAAAUAACAGAAAUACUUGAAGUUGUAUUUUUAAUUUUUGUACUGCAUAAUGUCACACCAAGGUCACACCAUAUUUUGAUCUAUAAAUUUGACUUUCUUUGAUAUUUUGAGAUAUUUCAUUGAUGUCUCUCUUUUAUUUUACUUAUAUUUAAUUUAUUCAUAACACUUGGACUUAUAUGUAAAAAAAACAGUAUAGGGAUAGGUACUGUUUUCAUGAAUUAAUAAAAGUAGGAACUAUGUUCCAAUUUAAUUUUGUUUAUAAAAAAUUUUAAACUACCUAGUAUUUUAUGGCACAGCAUUCCAAAUGUGUAGAUAAAGUGUAGUCUGUAGUUAUAAUGAAAGUAUGUAUAUAUAUUGUAUUGGAUUCCAUAAAAUAGGUAAUUAAUUAAUGGUUUUAGAUAAAUUUAUUUUUGAGGUCCAUUUAUGAAUUAUUUUUCUAACAAUUUGAUCAUAUGAAUUAACUAGGUGUUGCCCCUGUGAUAAAAUUUUCAUGGUACAAACUUUCAAACCUUACUUUAAUCAGUUGGUGUUACCCCUUAUCAAAAUACUUUUUUUUACAAAAUUUUUCAAAUUUCAGCCCAAUUGUCCAGUGAAUUGUAUUUAUAUAGUCUAACAGUCAAUCACCAUUGUGUUUUUAUAUAUUAAGGUUUUAAAUUAAAAUUUAAUGGUUUAGGUUUUUAUAAAUAAAAGUGGUUUUUGAUGUU